CGGUGGCUUACAGUGACUGCGAAGAAAAUGCAAUAACAGAUAAGAUUACAAAGUGGGGGAGGGACAAGAGCAGAGACAAAAGACACUGAGCUUUUCUCCAGGGGGUGGCAAUGGCAACAGCUACAGCAGCAUCUACUCUCUCAUGGCUUCACAGCUUUGGAGGAACCCAAAAUGAGACAACAAAAGUUACUGACAGAAACCGGGUCUUCGUGGUUUUUGCCCAAAAGAAAGCUAAAAAGACUCGAAAGAUAAUAUUGAAGGAGGAUGUGGAAUACCUAGGAAAGAAAGGGGAGCUUUUGGAUGUGAAAGCUGGGUAUUUCAGGAAUUAUCUUUUGCCUAUGGGAAAGGCCCAGAUUAUCACUCCUGUUUUGCUUAAGGAAAUGAAAAUGGAGGAGGAACGAAUUGAAGCAGAGAAGCAACGGGUAAAAGAAGAGGCACAACAACUUGCUCUAAUAUUUGAAACUGUUGGAGCUUUCAAGGUGAAGCGGAAAGGUGGUAAAGGAAAGCAAAUUUUCGGAAGUGUCACUUCUCAAGAUCUUGUAGACAUUAUCAAGGCACAGCUUCAAAGGGAUGUGGACAAACGAAUUGUUUCUCUUCCAGAGAUCAGGGAAACAGGAGAAUAUGUCGCAGAGCUGAAGCUCCACCCUGAAGUUACUGCUCGAGUGAGACUAAAUGUUUAUGCUAACUAAGGACAAGUCCCUUCUGUGCAUCUCCUCUCUGGAUGGGCAACUUCUUUGCCACUUGCAUCAAUCUAAGGAGGUAAAUGAUCAAGGCAAGUUCAAAUGGUGCCCGCUGGAGAGUGACAAAUAUGUAAUUUUUGUGUAGACAUGUACUAGCUGUAUUUAUCAUAGCAGAGGAGUUUUAUAUUUCUUUUUUCCAGGAUUUUUAUUAUUCUCUUCUAGAAUGUAUUGAUCUGUUGAAAAUUAUUCAUAUAUUGCUUUAUUUCAUCUGGAAAACAGCUUCUCUAUGUGGUUCUCAUGGGUUGCA